CAGUGAUAUGAGAUGAGAGAAGUAACAUCUUGAUUUAUUUCUACUUAUCUUUGUGUAUAAUAUUUCAUGUAUAAAAAAAGUUAAUAAUAUUGAAUUAUCAACUCAGUUCAUUAUAAAUCGCGUGUGUGAUGGUGAAGUUUAAUGUAUGAUUAUUUGUGCGAAUUUGAAUUACAUAGAAAAUUUAAUGGAAAUGUGGUGUAUUGUGCGUUAUUGUUGUGUUUUGUGAUUUCUAUUUUAUUUUGUCAUUAAACGUACCGGAUAUUAAAGCAAAACCAGGCGAACAGAUGAAAACAAUUGUAGAAGUCCAUGUAUAGAACAUGAGGCUUAUAAUAGACAAGAAAUUUGAACAAUGCUGUAUUUUGAUAAUUGUUUGUCUGGUGGCUGCCUGCAGGGCAGUUCCUGCUGCAAUUCCCGAUCCGCUGCAGCAGGAAGUCACAGCCAUGCGAGCCCUGGUUGCUUCAGUUACAGGCCAACUUGACAAGUUCAACAGCCUCUAUUUGGGAAGCUUGGAACAGAAAUUAAUAUCGACAGCCACUUUGUUAACGAAUAUAGACAGCAAUGUAAAGCAUUUACAGGAACGAGCACAUGUUUGGGACACUUUUCAGCUGCAUGUAUUAGCAUGGAACGAACAAAUCAAAACUGUAGACAAGAAAAUGGAUUUACUCAGCAGGGAACAAGAAAAAUUAUUAGACAUAGAUAAUAAAUUAACGACGCUACUAGGUUUGGAAUAUAAAGUUCAGCGUGUGAUGGAAAAAUUAGAAACCUUUGACAGUAAAUUUUUGGAACUAUUUGAGAAAAUCGAAAACACUGAAAAUUCUCCGACGCAAACACAAAACACCCAAAAAGAUACUAUUUGGAAUGAGUUCGCUGGUAUCGGAGUCCUUAGUACACUCAAAAAUAUAGAAAAUAAAGUUGAUAAACUACAGCAAGUGCCCACAAAAUCGUACAAACGCAAUGCUGGCAGAAAAGCAGCAGACAAUGAGGAUUCGGCAGAUCCACGAGGUAAAUUCGUAAUAAGAUGCAGCACACCGCCCCAGAUCGAGGAAACGAUAUACGAAAUAUCCGCGAAAGUUAACGCUUUGCAUGAUAAGUCUUGCGGCGGUAAAUUGCCUUACCGCCGCGGAAGACACCACGGUACCGAAGACGAUGGGGACGAGCUGAUUCAAACAGGCCGAGACACAACUUGGCGUCGUUUAACACAACCAGUACGAGAUAGUUGUUUAUCGGAAGAAGAUACAAGUUUACUCAGACUUGUUGCAGAUACUACACAAGAAUUAUUAGACAGCGGUGUACAGCGCGAAACUCUGUCGUGUUGCAAACGAACCGAACAGGAAAUGCAAACUUUUACGGGAAGUGCGGAUAUAUUACUAAAGCGCGUAGAAAGGGUCGCGGUGGGUCUAGAAAGCCGCGAGUCUAGACGGGAAGAUGCCAGCGAAGCCAGGUUCAGAGAGCAGAGGGAAUAUUUUGAGAAAUUGCUUAAAAAUUAUACAAACAAAUCAUCUAGCCCGUUGCCGCCAAAGGUCCACCAAAAACACUACGACGAAAAUUCCAAAGACGGAAGCGGACAAUCUGGUUUUGGAUUACAGGAUGACACUGAAGAAGGAGAUGCCACAGAAGAGGACGUAGACGAUGACAUUCGAAUUAUUGAAGUCGAACCGACAACCAGCACCACCAGCACGACGAUUGUUGAAAUAACACCCGCGACAACUCCAAGAACAGAAUCUGUGACAUAUAGUACAACGGAAACACCAGUUACAUACAUUUCACCAACAAUGCCGACUACGACGUUUUUGCCAAAAACAACAACUCGGAUGCCUACACAAACUACCACAGAAGCAAUGAUUUUUGUCAACUCAACAGAAAGUGAUCAUACCACAAUGGUAACUACGACGACAACUGAUCAUGAAACAAUGCAGGUACCAUUUAAAAGAUGUGAAGAACUCGAAGAUUCCUACAAAGAAGGCGUUUACAUAUUAGGCUACCGGCGCGAUUACAAUGACGCCGGACGCGACUUUUACACACGUUACUGUCGACCAGGGCCUGAUGACCAGACGGCCUGGACAGUCAUCCAAAGCCGAGGUCAUAGUGCAGGCGAUAGAUUAGACUUUAACCGAGACUGGCAAGAAUACAAAAACGGGUUUGGAUUGAUCAAUGAAGACUUCUGGAUGGGAAAUGAAUAUAUACACCGUCUUACUAACGAACAGGAAGUUACUUUGAGAAUUGAAUUAGACGAUUUUGAAGGACAUCGCGCGUGGGCCGAGUAUUCGCGUUUCCGCGUUGCAGGCGAGAGAGACCAGUACGCCCUGCAGAUUGGUGGCUACCGGGGCAACGCAUCAGAUUCGUUCGGCUCGCAUCAUGGAGCUCUGUUUAGCACGAAGGACCGCGACAACGACGAGGCGCCGCCCUGCUGUCCGUGCGCCGUAUCGUACGGCGGCGGAUGGUGGUUCAAUAGUUGUUUCGAAGCGAACCUCAACGCGCCUUACUACAGCUCUCCGCACGAGAACGAAUACUUCAGGGGCAUCAUCUGGGAAAACUGGUUAGGAGACUAUUCCCUACGCGCCACUCGCAUGAUGGUACGAGGUAAAACCUUAAAACGACAUGCUACCACAUCGAUAUCGGAAGAAGAAAAAAAAACAUCCGUACCUGAAGACUAUGACAUACCUGAUGAUCCAUGA